AUGCGCAAGCCAUGCUAUGCCGUGCUCCCCUUGGGCGUCCUAAUUCUGGGCCUCCAGCUGCUGACCACGGCUUUCGUGCAGCCCAGUGGCCAGAGGAGAAGACCUGGACGUGUGCUUCGACGCAGCCAGGGCGAGGAGGACCUGCCGGAUACCGUAGAGCUGGACUCCGACGAGGAGGGGGAAGUCCUCUACUUCGGCGGCGUCUCGCAGGAGCGCGAGGAGCCGGAGGAAACCGAGGCCAUGCAGAUUGCCAGCAGGAUCAACCAGGCCUUGGCGAUGCGGCGCUUGCCGCUUUCACGCCUUCAGGGGGCCCCUGCCGCGCCUGUGGAAACAGCAUGGUACGAAGAGUUGGACGUGCUUCCAAAUGCCACGACGGAAGAGAUUCGUCUCAAGUGCCCUCCUGCACUCUAA